CAUCUGCACUGGGUCUCGCUGCGCGCAUGGGAAGAAACUCACAGGACGGUGCACUGACUGCGUCGAGUCGACGAAUGCGUCGUGGUGCUCACUGACCUGAGCAGAACUGAUGGCGACGAUCCAGUCAAGACCGUUCUCUAAAGACUAUAGUGGCCUCAUUAACCAGUCGGUUAUUGGCGGUUGCAUCGUCUUGCUUUGUGCAACAGCCCACGAAUGUCUGAAGAGGAAGCGCCGCAAGACGCGCCGUAGACAUGAUCCUAACAGCGUCGAAUGUUGGGAAUUUCGAUAUCUCUAUCAAGGAAGAUCAUGGGCAAAGAGAUCAACAGCGCCUCAUCCGAAGGGCUGGCCUUUAUCUUGGGUCAAAAAAGUGCUGAAAUUUCCGGAAGAGAAGAUGAACGAUCUUCGAGGGAUUGACGCGACCUUGUAUACGAGAUUCCUCCGCGGCUGCUGUUGGUUCACUCUCGCUCAGACUUUGACGACGUUACCGAUUCUACUUCCUAUCCAUGUCAUCUUCUCGGAUGGCUCUGUCUCACCGAAGUCCAUGACCCGCGCGUCUAUAUCCUCUCUGGUCGGCACUGCCAAAGGGCUGUCCUUGCUAUGGAUCCACCUGCUGCUUUUGGUAUGGAUUACUAUAAGUUGGUUCUGUGUCCUGAUUUGGUUAUGUCGGGGCGAAUUCCACCUUCGUGUGCAGAGAAUCUUGGCGGCGGCAGACCGAGCAAAUUCUACCGAAGCAGAACAAGGAGAGAGCCUGUCACAAUAUACCCACCCACAUCCUCAAUACCCCUUCGUCAUGACGCAAAGGAACCAUUGUGACAAGUCAAAUCGUGGAAUAAGAAUGAGGACCGUUAUGGUCACCAACAUCCCUCCGGCCUUACGUUUAGAGAAAGAGCUGAAGGAGUACUUUGAAUACUAUCUCUCACGUCACGUUUCCAAGCCAGGUAUCGGCGUCACAAGCACUACUCAGCCUGGCUUCCUCAACAAGACGUUUGCUUUUUUACUGAUAAAGCUUACACAUAUACCCAUUCACCUCCAUCAUCCUCGUCCUCGCCUGCAUUAUACGCGUUCCGCCGAUCAUCAACAGCCUAUUACUUCUGUUGGGGUCAAGCCUGGUUCACUAGACCCGCCUACGAUCGAUCGCGUUGUCCUCGUACGAAGAAUGACUGAACUAUCUUCAUUAUUCGAACGACGCGAAGAGGUGUUACGCCUUCUCGAGACGGCUCACAUCAAACUAGCCAGGAAUGUGCUGAGUGCUGUAGGGCAGGCCAACGUCCAUAUCCCAGUUAGCACCGACUCUAGCGGGCCAGAUAUAUCUGCUGGGGAGGAUCGAAUACAGCUGCUGGUCAGGACGCUCCGACCAUUCCUAACCCAAGCAGAGGACAUAGGUCCUGAACCUCUCCCGGCUCUGAGGCGACUGACACUUUCUUCAUCCUGGCGGGAAAAUCAAAUGGACUUGCGUGUAUCCGAAGACCCACCUCCGCCUUCGAACGUUGAUGCAGAUACUGUCUGGGACGCCCUUCUCAGUCUCCCUCGCAGUAGCCUGGAUGCAUACCAGCCCCUUAUCCAUCUGUCGUCUCUGUUUCGCGGUAGGACUGUCCCUUCGAUCGACUAUUACACAGCAAAACUCGAGGUUUUGACUUCGCUCAUUACUGAGAAACGUGCGAUCCUGACAGACGACUAUGAGCCUAUGUCGACUGCCUUUGUUACUUUCAUCGAUCCAGCUGAUGCGAGACGAGCAUGCAAGUCCCUCGCUGUGCAUCCAGCCAACCCCCUGCAGUGUCUCGUGACUAUGGCACCCUCGUACGAGGACCUGGAUUGGACGCGACUGAUGAAGCCAACGUUCCGAGUUGAGUUCGUCAAAGAUUGGCUAGUAAAUAUAGGAGUAUGGGGAUUCACUAUUUCCUGGGUUUUCCCUGUGUCUAUCCUUGUUGGUCUGGUAUCCAUACAGAACAUCAGCAGCUUCUGGCCUCAGUUGAGUACGUAUCUUGACAAGCACCCGUGGGAAGAAGAGGUGUUGCAAUCAUUCGUACCGACGGUGCUAGUUUCCCUUUUGUCUCUCCUGAUUCCUUUAUUAUUGCUACUCAUUGCGAAGAAAGCGCAUACGAUAGCUACUCUGUCCACCCUACACGACCGAAUCAUGACUCGGUACUACAAAUUCCUCAUCGUCAACGUUCUGAUUUUCUUCUGCGUUGGAACGGCGACCUUGCAGUCAUUCCUUGUGUCCCUCAGCUCUACAUCGGGCCUGCAAGUGAUACAGAUUGUGGCGGAUAGCUUCCCAACCGCAGGACCAUUCUACGUUGGAUGGCUGAUUUUCACUACUGCAAUGCAUGGAGGAAUCGAACUCGCACUAUUUGGACUCCCUCUGCUGUUAUAUCCGUCUACGAAACGGCAGGUGACCCCUCGCAAACGGGCCAUCGGCAUACGCCCGCGUACCUUCAACUAUUAUUACUGGCUACCGAACCAUGUUCUAGUUGUACAUGUGGUGCUAGUCUUUGCGGUUCUCAACCCUCUGGUGAUCCCGUUCAGCUUCGUCUAUUACUGCGUUGAAGCUACGGUCAUUCGGAAUCAGCUCUUGCAUGUGUAUGCGAAGAACUACGAGGGCAACGGGCAAAGGAUCUUGAUCAGGAUUAUCCGAUACUCUUGCGACGGGCUAAUCUUGGCACAGGUUGUUUUCUUAGCCUACAUGGUCGUCCUCAAGAAAACAGUUAAUAUCGCAGUAUCGGCCGUCCUCGUUGUGCUGACAGCCGGUGGCAAGCUGCUCUUGACCAGACUGUGCAGAACCAAAUUCGAGCGCGAUGAUCUCCUCGAGGCACAGAUUAUCUGUGGAAUGGGGAACGCCACCGAGGCGCUACUCGAUGAAGUGCAGCCCAUCGAAAAUAACGCUGCUGAGGCAGAUCCACUGAAGAGGACUCAGCAGCGGAAAGGCUCGCAUACAUUGCCCGCGCGUGUUCACCCGACUCGUUUUCCUGACAGGAUCGAUGACGGCUAUGCGACAAUUCCGAGACGGCCAUACCAUAGGACACGCAGAGGGUCUAUUCCUUUUGGGCCUUCGCAAUUUGAUCUUAUGGAGGACGUUCAGGAGGUCAAGGCCGUCAGUGGCAGUUCUCCCAUCAUUGACGACGGUAGAGAAUACGGAUUUAACGGGAAGGCCGAUGUUCUCGUUUCCGAGCGGGCUCUGACAUCCAAACCUGUGACGCCACAUCCUCCGCAUCCUGCAUGGGACGACGAGUCCUCUCCGGACGUUCCAUACGAUAAUCCUUAUUACAUCCGGCCGAUUCACGACGAGCUGUGGCUGCCGCGUGAUCCGCUCGGCCCGCUCGACCUCGAUGACACGGUCAACGUCCACCUGUGCUUGACGACGCAGCCCGGGUCCGGCAGGCUCGGCGCAUGGCGGGAGGACGAGUAUAUCGCUUCGGGCGUCUCGUCCAUUCUGAUCAGUCGAGGGAGCGCAGGUGGAACCGGUGUUCGUGCCUAUAACGCCAUGGCUCCGUUAAGACGACUCAAUGGCAAUGAGAAGAUCGAGUUGCCGCCGGAGAUCGAGUCUCGUUUGCAGACGUUGGACAGAGAGGGCGAUGCGGAAGUGGGCAUGGCUUCUUGGCCGCCUCAUAGGCAGCAUGGAUGGCGACAGUGGAGCAGCAGUGGUCGCUAUUCGUCGCUGGAGCUCGGCUUGGGGGACCCCAUUGUGCCGGGUCGGAAUGCAUCGCGAGGCCUGAGGUCGACUCUCCGGCAUGGUCUCCCAUCCUCUUUCUUUACGUUCCCUCGUCAUUUGCGCCAGGUUCGCUUUGAUUCUGCGGAAGAGGAGAUGGACACGCGGCAAGGAGGGCAUCUGGCUCCUGCCGUUCCUGAUGGGUUGCCAGUCACGGAUGCCGGAAUGAGCGCUGUUGGCGGAGUUGUCUCCCUUCGGGAGGCGGUGGUCGGUGAGGUUAUUGUUGAGGAGGAGGCGAUGCAGGAUCGCCUGAGGUACGAAGAGGCUGAAGAAGAGAGGAUAGAAGAACCGCGUUCGUGGUGGGCAUCUUGGGUAUUCGCCGGCGGGCAGUGAACAUUUUGUUCCGGUCCUAGUCUUUUUCUCCUAGAUACUGUUUCCGGGACUUUUGCGAGGAUAUGUGCAAACGAUCACUGUAAAUUCAUCCGAUGUCUCCUACGUAUCGCUCUGACAUCAGGCUCCCGAAGUAUAACUGCCCUCGCGUGUAUCAUACAACAUCCCAUUGUCCGCGAAUGUCCCAGUGAACCC